AAAACAACAACAGAGCUCAGCUGUUUUAGAGCUAACUAGCUGGCCUAGUUAGUCGGCUCUCUUCUCUACACUUUCCUUUACUUUUUAAUUUUCAGUUGCGUGUUUACAUUCAUGAAUUGAUCAAAAUAUGAAGUUUGUCUAUAUGAUGUUCAGCCCUGUGCUAUGGUUAAAUUUUGGAAUUCUGAAUUCCUUUGUCUGCUAGCAGGUUAGCUUGUUAAACUAAGAAUAAGGCAAAACGGAGCCUUUCGAACUAAAGGCCUCACAGGGCGAACAAAUUUAUGGCAAAGCCAGAUCACAAGACCACUCGGUGGAGAUUCUGACCUCAAUCAAUGACUGCAAAUAUUUCCUCAUCCCACAGUAUGUCACCACGGAAAAGACCUCUGGUCCCAGUGAGCAGCCGUCGAAAAGCAGCAGAUGACUACUUCCCCUUCAACUUCCUGCCUGUGGAGUGCCAGCUACACGUCUUGUCCUUCCUGGGUGAGGUGGAUAAAUGUAACUGCGCUCUGGUUUGCCUGAGCUGGAGCUGCCUUGUCCGCUCAUGGAAGCUGUGGAGAGUAGCAGACUAUUCUCGUCGUGGCGUCUUCCAUCUUGGUCAGGAGGGGCUGCUAGUUUCCAACCGUGAGUUUGAGAGGUGGAAAUCCUGGGUCCACCACUACACUCACCACCUCAUCUCCCGCCGGGCCAGCCUGCUAACCCUGAAGGCCAGCUUUGACCUGGGGGACCGCUGCAACAAAUGGAGCGAGCUGCUGAGCCACCUGCUGGAUAACGUCCACUGCAGAGACCUCAGUCACCUGGACCUCAACUGGACUUUUACACUCCUUGAGCCGUUGGACCUCAGGGUCCACUCCAGUUCCAGUUCACACCAGGACAGCAUUACCAAAAUGGACCAGGUGACCAGUUUUCAGGAACUGCUGAGCAAACUCACCCACAGCUGCCCUCGUAUCGCCAAGAUGCGUUUACAUUUUGACUGGUCGGAUUUGUCCGUGUCGCUGCUCACCCAAUUCCAGCAGCUGCGAGUACUUGAGCUCAAAUACUUCUGGGUCUUCAAGGGAGUGACCCCUUCCACUUUGCAGAACUUAACCAAAUCCCUGCCUAACCUGAAGUCUCUCACUUUACACAUCCUGGUGCCGCUGAGGAACCUGGGCAUCUCCUACACCCUGGAGUCUCAGUCUCUGGAGUUCCUGGAUGUGUCGCCCAGCCGAGGAUUGGUCUUCUCCUGCCUGAAACUGCCAGCUCUGCGAGAACUUCGAGCUAAGAAGAUCGUGCGGGGUAUCACGUUGGACCGGAGGACCAGGCUGCGAAUCCAGAGCCGGUGGCCCUGUCUGUACGACGUCCUUCGGGAGGGAACUCCGAAGCUUCAGGCUCUAAACAAUGAAAGGCUCCUUCCGACGUGGAGAGAAGACAGCUAUAGGGAACUUACCGCUAUCCUGGAACAAUCCUGUUACUGUGUUCACCAUCUAGACAGCUGGCUUUGGUAGUCAGCUGACAGACAAUUAAUAUCCCACCAUUCUUUAGUGGGAAAAUUCCAGAAAAAGCAAAAUAUUGCUUUUACACUCCACAGAUUUGUACUGAUUUUUAAUCAAUGGAAGCUCAGAGGGCCACAGAGACUUGAACACAACUCUUUCCCUUCUCUUUAACAGAAUUCUGCUGUUACAAACUAUUCUUUAACAUCAGUGAGACAGAAAUGUUUGUUAAGCUGUCUGCAAAAAGCCAAGGUGCUUCAUGCUGACUGCAGCGUGCUGAUCUGGCCUGGAUUCAUUCAUAACAUGGGGCUGCAGCCGGGGCCCAGCACACACAGCCCAGGACAAUGAAAGCUUCUUUAAGUUGUUUCAAACCUCUCAACAAAGGUCCACUGUUGUCAAGUAAAAGAAUUCAUGAGAAUGAAGGCAAAAUAUUUCAGAUAUCUUAAUUUAAAAAUAAAAAUCCCUGUAUAACAUUAUUUUUAUAUUUGUAACAGACUAAGUAUUCAUAAGAAAAGAAAGGAGGCAUUUAAAACAUUUACAUAAUCAGUUCAAUCAAUUAAAUAUCCCAACAUCAUUUUCAACUUUAACACAGGCAGGCAGGAGCACUGACCAGGAAAUAAGUAAAAAAGUGAAGAAAAUCUUGUAAAGCAAACAGCCAAUGAUGUAUUUUAUCAGCAGGUGUUUACUUUGGGUGAUGCUGCUGUAGGA